UGCACUCAUAUCCGUAGACACUAACUAUCAACUCCCCCUAUGGUGUGAAUAUGCUAUACCGACGAGGUAGCCGUCAGUGAUCAGUGCAGUCUUGUACCACUGUCAGCCAUAGUCUUGGUGCCCUCACAGUGCAGUGCUAGUGAUGUCUAACAACCUAAACAAAUCUGUACCAGUAGUUAAGAGAGAGCAGCUGCAGGUACAAUCAGUGUUGACAACACCAGCUAGUCGGUCGUCUGUUGAAAGUAAAUACACCCCCAUGGACUCUAAGACUAAAAUGAAUGGAUCACAGGUGAAAAGGAAACUAGAAAUGAGCAGUCCCUGUGGCAGUGCUUUGCCCAAGUCUACACGACGAAGACUCAGUUCUGUAAGCUCUACAGUCAGUGAUGAUCUCAAGUCCCCGUCAGAGCGAAGGACUGAGACAUCUCUUGGGUCCCUGACAAAGAGGUUUUGCGAGCUCCUGCAUGCAUCACCUGACGGAGUCCUGGAUCUCAACGAGGCUGCCGAAACUCUGAGCGUUCAAAAGAGAAGGAUCUACGAUAUAACGAAUGUACUGGAAGGAGUGGGACUGAUCUCUAAGGCAUCCAAGAAUCACAUCAAAUGGAAGGCUUCGGAUCCUGAGGAGAUUUACAAGAUACACAACCUCAAGCUGAGGAAGGAGCACCAGGAAGGCACUGAAGCUCACUUGGACCAGCUCAUAACCCUCUGCAAGCAGGAGCUCAGUCUACUCACAGAGAACCAGGAGAAUUGGCAAUUGGCAGUGACAUAUAAAGACCUAAGAAGCAUUCAGGAAUUUGAUGACAAGACGAUAUUAGCCAUCAAAGCUCCACCAGACACUGUCCUCAACUGUGACCUGCAGGAGAGCUAUCAGAUGCACUUGAAGAGCAGCAAUGGACCCAUUGAUGUGCUGGUGUGCCCAGAAACAGAGGAAGAUUAUCCGCAGUCUCCAUUACCCUCCUCCUCUGGUCAUUUCUUCUCUGAUUCUCAUCAAACCUCAACUCCCAUGAGACUCUCCACGGCACAAGUAACUGUUCACACACCUGAAACCAUGCAACGAAACAAUAUCAGCAGUUACGGAGGUCAUGUGAUCCAACAUCGUCAAACCACACCCACUAUAAAUGUGUCUAUGGAACGUGGAGGGCCCCUGCAGAGUCAGCAUGAUUUGGACAUUUCUCUAAAUUCAGCAGCCGACAUGACUAGUGAUCUGGACGAGCUUAUGGCCAGUUACAAUCAUGUUCCAAUGGAUAGUGACCACUUCCUGUCAGCUGACGACUUGAUUCCUUUCGAGAGCCUCAACCCACCCCUUCACAUUCAUGAUGAUGACUUCUCGUUUGCUCUAGACGAUGCUACAGAGGGUAUACACGAACUAUUCGACUUAGUGUCCUAGUACCGAUCAAUUUAUGUCUCUUAUUUAGCACAUCCAUGUGAACUCCGUAUGGUGUAUUAAUUAUAUACAACCAUAAUAAUUAUACGUGCACGAUGAUCGAUUUUAUUUCAGUAACCCCCAUCCCCUUGAAUUAACAGAACAGUAUAUAAUUAUUACAGUAUUGUUAUAUCAUCGUUGUCCCAUACUGUCUCUUCUUGUUAAAAAUAAUAAUUAUUUGUUAGAGAUGA